UCUCCGGGGAGGGCUGAAGCGCCUGGCCCACCACGGGGCGGUUUUGCCCGGGGGCUCCGCGGGGGCCCCCCCGCCCCGCCCCACGUCCCGGCCCCGCCGCGGCCCCACCCGCCGGGGCCGCCCCCUGCGCUGCGGCGGGCGCGUCUCCGCCGGGGGAGAGCAGGCGGUGGAGCCGUCUCUCCGCGCACCCCUCCAUCCCUCCGCGCAUCCUUCUGUCCCUCCUUGCAUGCCUCCAUCUCUCCCCGCAUCCCUCCUUGCGUCCCUCCAUCCGUCCGCGCAUCCCUCCUUGCAACCCUGCAUCCCCCCGCGCAUCCCUGCAUCCCCCCGCGCAUCCCUGCAUCCCUCCGCGGAUCCCUCUGUCCCUCCGUGCAUCCCUCCGCGCAUCCCUCCAUCCGCCCGCGCACCCCUCCGCCCGCCCCAGCACCGGCAGGGCCGCUCCUGCGCGCGUAUGGCGGGGCGGCCGCGCUUCCUCUGCGGCGUGGUGGAAGGUUUCUAUGGGAGACCAUGGUCUAUGGAACAGAGGAAACUUCUCUUUCAAUGGCUGAAACGCUGGGGGCUGAACUGCUACAUGUAUGCACCCAAGGACGAGCUGAAGCACCGGCUGCUCUGGCGAGAGCCCUACACAGAGCAUGAGGCAGCCCGCAUGCGGUCUCUCAUCGAAGCUGCCCAAGAGCAGGGUGUGGAGUUUGUUUUCGCCAUUUCUGCUGGUCAGGACAUGGUGUUUUCAAGUGCCGGGGAUCGGCUCCUGCUGCAGGAAAAACUCAGGCAGGUGGCUGCCAUGGGGUGCCACUCCUUCGCGCUGCUCUUUGACGACAUCGACCCCUGCAUGUGCCAAGCUGACAGAGACGUCUUCCCCUCCCUGGCGCAGGCUCAGGCCUCUGUGGCCAACGAGGUGUACCAGGAGCUGGGCCAACCCUCUGUCUUCCUCUUCUGCCCUACAGAGUACUGCAGCUCUCUGUGCUCUCCCAGUCCCAGCCAGUCCUGCUACUUGCUGACCAUCGGCCAGGAGCUGCUCCCAGGGAUCGGUGUCAUCUGGACAGGCCCAAAGGUGGUGUCACAGGAGCUCUCAGCCACGCAGCUGGAGGAGGUGGAGGGUGUCCUGCAGCGCCGCCCCGUCAUCUGGGACAACCUGUAUGCCAACGACUAUGACUGCAGACGUGUCUUCCUGGGCCCCUACAUGGGACGUGCCCCUGGCCUCAUGUCCAGGCUCCAUGGACUGCUCCUCAACCCCAACUGUGAACUCCAGGCCAACUUCAUCCCCAUACACACAUUGGGCAGCUGGUUUCGGAGCGAGCUGAGGAGCUGUGCCCACGCUGAUCAUGCAGGGAUGGAGACUGCGACAGCCCUGGAGGACAGCCAAGGCUCAGAGGAGGGGAGCUACAGCCCCCAGGACGCCUUGGAGCUGGCGCUGCAUGACUGGGUUGCUGAGAUAAACCGGCAGGCCUUGGAGCCAGGAGGAAGGACCCCAAGACACCCCAGCGUCAGCCUCAAGGGAGGAAUGAGGCUGCAGCCUGGCACAGCGAGAGGACACGAGGCCAUGCCCGAACCCCAGCCCCAUGACUCUGUUCCCAGUGGGGCAGACCAGCAUGGCCCUGAGCCCUGCGGUGUGGCACCAGGGGAGGAAAGGAAGAAGGUGACCUCGGAGCCCGAGAAGGGCAGUGGGAGCAGGACCCUCGCUAGCAGUCGGCAAAGCCCCACAGGGAAUGGGGACCAGCUCGCCAUGGGGAGCAGAGAGACCUGUGAGCCCUCCUCUGCUCUGCCCAGCAUGGCUGGGAGUGCCCAGUCUGCAGGAACCCCGGUGGCCACCGAGACCCUCCACAGUCCAGGCCCAUCCAUGUGCUGCAGCAAUGGGGCCAACACCAGCCAGAACAUUCCCCUACCCACCAGUGAUGCCAGGACAGGGGGUGGCAGCCCCCCCCAGCCCCCCAGCAGUACCCAGCCUGAGGACAGCAGGGCUGACAUGCCCCAGACACCUCCAGGGCCUGGAGCUGGUACCAGUGCUGGCCUUCCGGCACCGCUCACUGGUGGGGCUGGCACCAGCCCCGGCUCCCCAGCACCGCUCACUGGUGGGGCUGGCGCCAGCCCCGGCUCCCCAGCACCGCUCACUGAUGAGGUUGGUGCUAGCCCUGGCCCCAUGGCACCAUUGACCCCAGAGGAGGCUGGGUCCAGCCCCAUGGCCCUGCUGACCCUGGAGGAGGCUGGGUCUGGCCCCACGGUACCACUGACCCCCAAGGAGGCCAGGACCAGCCCCACAGCACCAGUGACCCCAGAGGAGGCCAAGUCUAGACCCAUGGCACCGGUGACCCCAGAGGAGGCCAGGUCCAUCCCCACAGCACCGCUGACCUCAGAGGACGCUGGGUCUGUCCCUACGGCACUGCUGACCCCAGAGGAGGCCAGGUCCAUCCCCACAGCACCACUGACCCCAGAGGAGGCCAGAUCCAGCCCCAUGGCACCGCUGACUCUGGGGGAGGUGCGGACGCUGGUGGAGCUCUUCUACCUGCCCUAUCACCAUGGGCCACUGGCGCAGCAUCUCCUGGAGCACUUUCGGUGGCUCCGGGCAAACAGCCUCAGCGUGGGGGUCCCGGCCACGGCAACCGAUGCCUGCGGGGGCACACAGUGGCGUGGCCGAGCCCAGUCCUUCCAGCUGCUCUGCAGUCAGACGUGCCGCCUGCACAGCCGCUUCGUCAGCAGCACCGGGCAGGCGCUGCUCUACGACCUCCACCCCUACCUCUGGGACAUCCGCAACAUGCUGCUGGCUGCCAGUGCCUUCGUCCUCUGGCUGGAUGGCCAUCUCCUCUGCGACCCUGACCCCAAGGGGACCUGGGGAAGCUGCUUUGGCUGGUGCCAGAGCAUCACUGCCCCGAUCUUGCUAGGGGGGGACGCUGAGCCCUGGGCGCGUCGUGGGGGCCUCUUUGGAGAGCUGCAGGCACUGCUACCCGUGGGGAACAGCUGUGACCUCUUCUACCACCCACCUCCGCUCUUCCCAUCCAGCCAGCUGUACCUCCUGCGCCCGCUGCUUCCCCUGGACAAGGGAGAGCUUUACCGAAUGUGCCGGGAGAGUUUGGACUGUGACCCCAAAGUCGCAGAGAUCCUUGCGGCCCACCCCGAUCUCCUCGGUGACAGGCUGCUGGGCAGCUUCCUGAGCCUGAGCCCCGAGUACACGUUUGUGCUGGAGGAUGAGGGUGGUCUGUGCGGCUACGCAGCUGGAGCACUCUGCGCUGAAGGCUUCCUGCAACAGCGAGACAGCAGCUGGCUGCCGGCCACACGGCACAAGUACCCCCGAGACCUGGGCGGAGGUGCCCCAGCUCUGGGACAGGAUGCCCUGGACGAAGCACUGCUCUUCUUCCACGCAGAGCCACCGGCUGUGCCCCUGCCUGUGCUGCGGCGCUUCCCCUCCCUGGUGCAGCUGGGCACGGCCCCCCGCGUGCUGGACGUGGGGGCCAGCCGCAGCCUGGCCAUCUGCCUGCUGAGCGCACUCAGGGCCAACGGGUCGCGGGGAGUGUUUUGCCAGGUCAGUGCCACUGACCAGCAGCAGCUGAGCUUCUACAGCAAGCUGGGCUUCAUUGACCUGCCAGUGGUCUGGGGCAGCUCUCCUGGCGCUCGGCUCCUGGGACGUCUCCUCUGAGGACGCUGCGUUAGGUGUGGGCACCGGGAGGCAGUGCCAUAGGACGGGCUGAGCCCCCAUCCUGCGCAGCACCGGCCCGAGGGAGCAGGAGCAGAGGGGGACCUUGAGGAGGAGCCAGCAACAUCCCCAGGCUGUCUGCAGACCACCAGGCCUGGCGAGAGCUACAUGGGCAGUAUUUAGGGUGGUGGUCUCAGAGCAUGGCACAAUGCAUUAGCGCUAAGGGAAUGUCCCUGUCCUGCAGGCUGGGCUGUCAAGCUCUCUCCAUCCCCUGUGUGGCCCUAGGCUGGGCAGCUGGUGCCGGCGCUGGCUCUUGGCGCCAACGACCUGCUUGUCGGUAUGGACCGAUCUGGUAUGGGAUGCAGUGAGGCAGCCUCCAUCUCUGCUGCCCAGGGGCUGAGGGAAUUGCUGCCCUUGGCAAUAAAGCAUUUGCUGGGCUCUCA